AUAGCUUAUCGCCGACCGUGAUAAUCUUAAUCGGCCCAUGGGCCAUGGUCGAAUAAGAAACAUGCUCUCAUGUGUUAAAAUAUCUCCAGGGUUGAUUUAUAUCCGAUCGGUGACUCCACUUGUCCGACCUCCCAGGUUUUUUCAUCAACCUUUCUGUCCAACUUCUCCAUGUCGGACAAGCGGGAUCUCGAAAGUAAUGACUCUACGACGCUAACGAGCUUGAAGAAGUACCUUUUCACGGAUAUCGAUGGAGACAAAGCUACUGCUCCGCUGUCUGCAUAUUGUUUUAUGACUGGUUUUAUCGACGCUGUCUGUUUCUCUGCCAUCUUCGUAUGGUGUGCUUUUCAAACCGGAAACACCGUACAGCUCGGACUCGCCAUCGCCCGCCUUUUUAAUGGCCAACAUGACUACUCUUUCCAUAUCGCAGAUCAACAAGCCCUCUGCUCCCUCAUCACGUUCAUCUUGGGCGCAUCCAUCGCCCGCAUCGGUGACAAGAUGGGUUGCAAAACCCGGGCAUGGCUGGCUCUCGGCACUUUCAUCCAGACCCUCUUCACCAUGGCUGCAGCCAUCGCCAUCUGGAAGAGCGGGCAGUCGGCCGUUGCGGAUUCACGUGAUGAUCCUGCGUGGACCAAUACGCUGUCCUUUGUCUGUGUUGGGUUCAUGAGCGCAAGCAUGGGUCUUCAAGGAAUCAUGGGCAAGAGAACGAAUACACAGUUUACCACCACGGUGGUAUUGACGACGACUUGGUGUGAGCUGAUGGCUGACCCUCAGCUCUUCAACAUUCGUCGACUCGUCAUCUCCCGCGAUCAUAAGAUCAUGGCCAUCGGCUCGUUGUUCUUGGGCGGGUUUUUGGGACGUGCAUUACUCGACGUAAUAGGGUCCGCUGGUACUCUUGGCGUUGGCACGGGCUUGAGGUUUAUUGUCAGCAUCUGGUGGCUCUUUGUCCCCGGCAAGGCAGCGAAGCAGUGACCGUCAAAGUCCAUAACAUUUACUGAACUUCUCUGACGCUUAGUGUCGAUGGGAACUUGAACACAUCAAUAUGAGCAGAUCUGCAGCUUCACACCUUACAGUCGUACGACUAUU